AUGUCUUCGCAUGCUACGGUGAUCGUCAUUAUUGUUACAAAGGAUAACUUUAACUCUUUAACACAGGGUUUCGCUAAAUAUCAAAUGGUUGAAAACGAUUUUAAGAUCAUUCGUUGGAAAUAUUUUUAUCCCUUUAAUCAACCUUAUGCUGAAUUUUCGGUUGGGGAUGUGGUAAUGUUUACAGGCAAAUUCAUAGUUGAAAAUCUUGAACAGCAUAUCGGUGUUUCCAAUGCUUGUGUUAUUGCUUCUAACGACCCUGAUCAUGAGUUUCAGGCUGAGGAGAUUCCACUUAGCGUUCCUCACACCAUGUUUCUUGUACUUGUAACCCGUGAACCUAAGGAACGUGGUGAAUCUACAUACUUUGAUGCUGGCAUUAAAAUAGGCAAAACGUUUAUUGUGUCCGGUUUUAUUAGGCGCGUAACUUCUGAUUUUACAAUAGUAGAGCUUACAGAUCUUGACUUCAUGUCAACCAAUGUUAAUGUGAUUCAGAAU